AGGAACACAAUGCCUCACAUCUACCUGUGUUUGCUUCUGGCUGGGCUCUGUGCUUUUGCCCACUGUCACCAUACUCUUGACCACAAGGAGGACCAUGACCAUUCUCCUCUUGCUGAAGGUGACAGAGAUUUGCCUUCUGUGAAGAUAGUCCAAGGAAAUGCUGACUUUGCCUUUCGAUUCUACCACCAUGUCGCUUCAGAGACCGCUGAGAAGAACAUUAUCUUUUCCCCUCUAAGCAUUUCCGCUGCCUUGGCCAUACUGUCACUGGGUGCUCAAAACACCACAUUAAGUCAGCUUUUGUUAGGACUUGGCUUUAACCAGUCAGAUACCAGCGAGCAGGAAAUACACGAGGGUUUCCACCAUCUAUUACACAUGUUGAACCUCCCCAAUGCUGAAAUCAAGCUGAGCAUUGGGAACGCCCUAUUCACAAAUGACCAAGUGAAACUCGUGAAGAAGUUCCUGGAUGAUGCCAAACAUUUUUAUGAGGCAGAUGUUCUUCCAACUAACUUUAUGAAUCCUGCAGUAGCUGAAAGUCAAAUCAAUGGAUAUAUAAAGAACAAAACCAAUGGGAAAUUAGAUGAUGUUGUCCAGGGUCUUGACCCAGAGGCUGUGAUGAUUAUUGUGAACUAUAUUUACAUGACAGCCUUUUGGAAAAAUCCUUUCAAUUACCUGCAUACAAGUGAAGGAGACUUCUAUGUGGAUGAUCAAACAACGGUCAAAGUUCCUAUGAUGAACAAAGACAGCCGGUUCGAGACUUACCGUGAUAACAUCCUAUCCUGUGAGGUUGUGAAGCUCCCUUACAAGGGCGACGUUUCAGCAUUCUUUAUUCUUCCUGACCAAGGAAAAAUGAAGCAGGUGGAAAAUGCUCUUAGCAAAGACGUUUUGUUAAAAUGGAUGAAAUUGGUGAAACCAUGGAGAAUAGAGCUUGCCCUUCCAAGGUUUACAAUCUCUAGCAACUAUGUUCUCCAAGAGAUGUUAAGAAAAAUGAAUAUUACAGAGGUAUUCACAAACAGAGCAGACCUCUCUGGAAUUACCGGGAAGCCUGAGCUGAAGGUUUCCAAGGCUAUUCACAAGGCUUACUUAAAUGUCCAUGAGAAUGGCACAGAAGCUGCAGCUACUACUGUUUUUGAAAGUGUCCCCUACUCCGUGCCCCCUGAAGUUAAGAUCAACCACCCCUUUCUGAUGGUAACUGUUCAUGAGAAAACCAGCACCAUCUUGUUCAUAGGAAAAGUGAAGAAUCCUAAUGAGACAUGA